UUCCAAGGACAAGAAGAUAAAAAUUCUCUCUCAUCUUCACACACUCUCUCUCAUUCCGAAAGAAUCGAAAGCCCCUCUCUUUCUCUCUCUAGGGUUUGUGACUGUUUCGCGCUUAAAUUAUGCUGGCGUUGUAGCAAAUCAUUUCUCCAAGCUGAGCUUAAUUGCUUCUCCGUCGAAUGGUCUAUCAUUCGGUCUUUUUUCUUCGGAAAGCCGUUGAGAAUCGGUUACGAAGCUGGGUGAGAUCGUGUGCGGUGAUGUGCAGGAAACACUACUUGUGCUUCUAGCUGCGGUUGCUUGUACUGUGCAGAUGUACAUGCACAGUAGUGGAAAAUUAUUUGCAAGGUGAUUACAAUAUUGUCACUGAUCGAGUUCAUGGGAUCGUCGUAUAUCCAGAUUGACUCAAUCUCUAUCGAUCUUUCCGAUCCUAUUGGUAAGAGGGAUGCAGGCAAAUGUGAACAUUUCUCAAUACGUGGAUAUGUCUCAGAAAUUCGAAAAAAAGACUGGAAACUUUGUUGGCCAUUUCCAGUAGAUGAGUCUGACAAGCAACCGUCACUUCCACCAUUAGAUGUACCAAAAUACAGAUGUUGUGGUUGUUCAAACUCUCAACAAGACAGUGCUUCCAAAGAAAUUCCCAAAUAUAACCAAACAAACUUUAAACAUUGCAGUACUGGAUGCAGAUCUGAUACCAAUUGUAGUAAUGCACCUCUCAAAUCUGGCAUUCAAAAAGAUCCAAUGUCUGACAUUAUUGUGAGAAGAGAAAUUGAUCUUAAUACAAAUCUGAGCAGUGUCGAUGGUUGCUUACCAAUUAGUAUUGAGAAAGAAAAGAAAGUCGGAGUUGGAGUCGGCAGCAGAAUCGGCUUUGAAAGUAAUGGAGUAUGCAUGGGUAAGAAUUCUGCUGAGAUUUGUAAUGGAGGAACAACUUCUGCAGAAAACCAAUUCCAGAAAGAUUUAGUGACAACAGCCAUGGAGGCAGAUAAUAAAUAUGACCACACAACUGGACCACCUAUUGAAUCAUUUGCUCGUAAUCAUGCGGUGCCUGCAGGAAGUACAGACAACAUGGUUGACAAUGAUUUUCUGGAUCAUCAUUCAGAAAAGUCUACCGGUUUGUUUCGUAGGAGACCUCGGAAGGUGCGUUUGAUGACUGACUUGUUGAGUGAAAAUGGUGAAUCGAAGACGGAGAAAAUUUCCAUACAAGAAUCCACAUCCCAUGGUAUUUCCAAUACUUCUGCAGCUUCACAGUUACACUCAAUUUUCCCAGGAAAGGUGGAUAUUCAAGGAGAUCCGACUAUAACAAAUAUGGGUCAGAGUAGAAAAAGGAAAUUGCUCCUAGAUGAAGUAAGGAGACCAGCAAGUACGUGUUUUCAGAGGACUGAAGUUGAAGGUCGAAACUUAGAUGGGAGUGCAAAAACAACUGAAAUAGUUUUCAGUAAUAGAUCCAAUUCCAAAGGUGUACUAGCAGAAACAGGUUUGCAAGUUACUGAGAGAGGCAACUGGAGUAAACCUGAAUUUGAAAGAAGCCAAAUCGUGGGUAAGAAGAAGAACAAAAAGAAUCAAUUUGUAGACAAUUACUUGAUUCCUGAGCCACAACAAGGACAGAGAAGAGAAAAUAAGGGUACCAAUACUACAGAUAAGGCGUAUGCAUCUAAAACUGCUUCUUCUAGAUUAUCUUCUGGUGUGUUCACAGGGAAAGGGAUGGAUAAUUUUCCUUUGCACACCCUAAGAAUAGAAAAUGAGUUCAAUCCAUCCAAAGAAAAGGGGAAAAUGCUGCAAACAGAUGGAGAACUUUAUUCUUUAAACUGCCAGAGAAAUGACAUACACCUAAGAGAUUCAUUUGCAUAUUCAGGGGUAAAAAUCAGGUCCAGUUUGCCCGCAGAUGUUCCAAUUCCUUCUGUUCAAGGGAUGUUGAAUGGAAAAGGACUGGAGGAGGAGGAGGAGUUGCACAAUGCUUUAAACUAUUAUUUGCCAGACAAUACAAAAUAUAUCCAUGAAAUGGAAAACCGCCGUCCCUUCUCACUGCCUUUGCAAGAGAGCACUUCAAGAGUACCUCAAUUUAAUAGAAAAAACAGUGAAACCAAUGUUUUUGGAGGACCAAGCAUUCCUUCCAGGCACACAACAAAUACUAUUCCUGGAAAAGUUCACUGUGAAGAAAUUACUGGUACAGGAAAAACUGUGGAACAACUAGGUAUUAUGAAAAGAUACAAUGAACAAGCAGCUGAGGUGUCUGAGCAAGGAACACUAGAUGAUAUACCCAUGGAAAUUGUGGAACUCUUGGCAAAGAAUCAGUACGAGAGGUGCCUUCCAGACGUGGAAAAUAGAUGUUCCUCAGUAGAAAAAUCCUCUAUCAGUAGGAAAGCACAAAUGUCGUCUGGCACGGGUGUAAACGGAAAAGGGAAGAUGAGCUUGUUAAAAGAGGGGGGGCAUAAGGAGAAAUCUCACGGAAGUUAUAAGAAAAAUAACAUGGUCACAAGAGAAGAGAAUGUGAAUCCUAGCAAAAGAAAGCCAGUUCAUUUUUCUCUGUUCGAUGAGAGUAAUUCGGGAGUCAAUAAUCCGUGUCCACCUCAACCCCACUUUGGAUAUGAGGUUCCUCAGCCCCAAAAGAAGCUGUCAAGUGGGUUCCAGUUUUCGCCAAUGGUUUCUAGCCAGCUUGGUAGUGUACGAAAUUGCAAGUUUAAUGGGAAUCUUGAAGAGCGCGCUUCCUCUAAUGCUACUUUGCAAGCCAUGGGAGGAUGUAGCUUGCACAAGAAUAUAUUACAUCAGGAUAGCGAAGCUUCUCGCAUUUGGGCAUCAUUGACCCCAAAUCAUGCUUCCUCAGGGUAUGAUUUGCCGCUAAAAGUUGUUUCUCAUCAGCUUACUAGUAGCAACAUAGACAUAACUUCACUCCGAUCCAGUGCAGUACAUAAGCAGAACAUGAAGAGGGAUAUUGAUCUUAACUAUACAAAUAUCAAUCCUACAGGCCAAGAAAAGUUUAAUAGGAUUACAGGUCCUGUAACCUUCAACAGGGUGAAUGGAGAAUACCCAUUUCCUUGCAAGCAUAAUGGAAUAGAGCCUCAUCAAAAUUUGAGGGGGUCUUUGGAUUUGUAUUCUAAUGAAACAAUACCGGCCAUGCAUUUACUUAGCCUUAUGGAUGCAGGCAUGCAGUCACGUACACCCUUCAAUGUCGGUGUUAAUGCUCAAAUUCCCAAAAGAACCUCUUAUCCUAGUGAUUGCAAUACCAAGUUGGAGAUUGGUGCAUCUAAGACAAAUGGUACCCUGAAAAGGCAACCAUCUGAUUAUUACAGCAGAGGUUAUUCAUCGGAUAAACCACAUGGCUGUUUUAUUGGCUCCCCAACCUUUGGUGCAUCUUCAUCAACCCAGCAUGGUAAGAAGUUUACCAGAGAUGCUGGUUCCAAUGGUCAAAAUUCAACAAAGUUUGGAAAGAAGGAAAAGAAUAAGAACUCCAACUCACCCCUGCAGAAUAGAUUUGUUAAGCAGUAUAGCUUAUCUUAUUGCGAAACAGAAACUUCACUGCAACGCAGACCGGAAAUCCUUGGUACUCAAACCUCUGUACCGUUAAAGAUCACAUCUGGUGUCUCAUGUAUGGUGAACCGAAAUCCAGCUGACUUCACCGUUCCGGAAACAGGGAAUGUCUAUAUGAUCAGAGGAGAGGAUCUGAAAUUUGAGAAGAGUGUUCCAAAAACUAAGCAUCGUUUCCCUAUUCCAUGUGGACAAAAGCAGCAGAAGAAUUUGAAGGGGACUAAAAUGAAAGAACAUACAAAACAUUGAAAUCUUCCAUUAUAUUCCAUGAUCUGAUCAAGUCUUGCAUGCAACGUGAGAAUAGCAAACGACUUUCAUGUCAGUGUAGAAGGUGAUAUUUGUCUUGGAAUCUCUAAUUGAUUGACUCGGAAAUGAGUUAACGAGAUGCCAUGUCGAAAGCUGAAUAGAAGACAAUCAUGCAUCUAUGAUGCAGUUAACCUGUUGUAAUUAGUAUUGAUGUGAGGAAACAAUACAUGCUUCAUAUAUUCUGUUGGUGUCGUAAAAUUUAUGGGGAGCCUAUAUUUAUAGCCCCUUAGUACUAAAGUUUAUGUAUGAUGUCAUAAAGUUUAUGGGGAAAACUCAAAAUAGCCCCGUAUAGACUUAAUAUACUAUGGUUACAGUUCACACAAGUGUUAAAACGAAGGUAAAAGAUCCAGUUUACUGCUGGAUUGUUAGUUUUUCCUACAAACCUAUAAUUUAGGCUCUGUUUGUUUACAGUUAUUAAAAACUGUAAAAAAUAAAAAAAUAGAUAACAUAAAACUUAUUCGAA